UUCUGACGCCGCUCUCAACGGGUUCCGUGGUGUAGUGGUUAUCACAUCUGCUUUACACGCAGAAGGCCGCCAGUUCGAUCCUGGCCGGAAUCAUAUGUUUUUGAUAAAUCAUAACACAGAAUUAUAUUUUACUCUCCAACUUCUUAAUACAAGGUUUUUUAUCCACACACAUAUCAUAUACAGCGAGUGAUUUUUCUUUUUUUUAAUCUUUUGUAUUGUUUUAUUUCCAGUUAAAUAUCGUUCAUUUUAACGGGGCAUAAAAUUGAAAAUUAUUAAUAUUGAAAAAAUUAUCUUUCUCUACGGAGAGUAAAACCGGACAAGCCGCCUGACUUUCACAUUUUAAAAGCUUUAAAAAUAAUUACAGUGAAAACUAAACCUUAUUUAUAAUAGUUAUAAUUCUCUUCAAUAUGUUAUUACACUCAAAUACACUUAUAAAGUUAUAUUCUAAUCAUUCACAAUACAACAUGAAUUCAACUUCAUCAACUCAAUAGUCAUCAGCACACGAACUAUUUUCCAUAUUAUUAUCCUCGGCCUGUGGACGUCUCACUGUCGACAUCCGGCGAGCUCUCAACUGAUUACUAGAACACCUCUCAACACAAACCCGCACAAUACAACACCUUUUCCGACACAUCAGUUCAUUAUCAAGUUUUUCUUAUACAUAUUCAUGAUUUAUUUAUUCACAAUAAAUCUUCUCUGUAUCAAAUAACACCAAAAUUUGGUCAGCGCUCGAACUUCAUAUGACGUGUCUGUUUCUACAAACUUUUAAAAUUUUUUCUGUACUAACCUAAUUGUUUGUUGUUAUUUUUGUAUAAAAAGAGCAUUUUAUUUCAGUAAUAUUUGCUUGGAAUAAAAUAGCGUUCGGUUUAAAAUAAAUUUCGAUUUAUAUUCAAAUAAAAUGUAAAGUAAUUUUAUUGAGCGAGCUGUUUGAAAGCCAUUUCCGACGCACAGUUUUUGGAUUGUUCAAAUUGCGCUGUGUUUUCACGGUAGUUUUGUCAAAUUUGCCUAAGAUUUAUAUAACUUGAACUGGUGUUUUCAUCAUAAAAAUAUGAAUUUCUUAUCGUAUUAUACUAUUGUGAAAUAAUUAACAAUAAGUAUAUUUUAAUAUGAUUCUGAGAUCAGUACAUUAAGGUCGAACUUGGUUUAUAUUUUCCAAGAGUCUUAGUUCUCUUCUCCGUCUUAAUAUCUGUAUAUAAUGCAUGUUUGUGUUGUAACUAUUGUUUGUACGUUGAUGUGGUCUAGUCACUCGUACGUUCAAAUCGAGGGCGAGCUUUCUUUCGACGUACAAAUUCUAAACGAUGUGGACGGUAGAGGUCCGACCGCCGUCAACAACACGCGGUCUAAAGACGAAGUCGAGGCGGACUUGAGGGAGGGUGCUGGUGACGGUAGAGUGACGGCCGGGGCCAUCCUGGAGUGUGAGUACCAGUACCCUGAGAGACAACAGCUCCAGGCACUCCUCAGCGACAUGAUGAACCAGCUCGCCCAGAUAUUUGUUCGAACACAAGAGUUCGAUCAAAAGGGAAGCAAGCGCUGGGUGAAGCGGUUCCGCGUGAUCCGGAAACAGGAGUCGGGAGAAUUCGAAGGAGUCUUCAAGAAUAUGACACGAGAAUACAAAGAGUUCUACGAGACGACUCUGAACAGACUGAACCGGACGGGAGACCCCUGUCUCCGGCAGGAUGAGUUAAAACAGACCUGGCAGAGUCUGCUGGCGGAGUCGCAGAACAUGUUGCAGCGAGCGGCGGCGACCAGCGUGCAGCGAGUACAGCGAGCGAUCGACACCCCCUCACAGAGGAGGCUGGAGGAGACGGUCGCCAGGCUGGUGGCCACCGCGCGCUCACACCACCUCGACCAACUGUGCGACCGCUUCCAGCUCUGCUAUGAUGAACUGUUACAAAAAUGAUACACACAUACGUACACAUUAGAUACGAGAACUGACUCACCUACAGCAUGCCUCAGAGAUGUGAAUCGGAAAUAUUUAAAGUUAAUAUAAUUUAAUUAUUAUAAAUCAGUUCAUGUAAUACAAAACCAAGAUGUUUAUUUUAUUAUUUCA